UUAAAUUUAUUCAAUAGGAAGUACUCCUAGUCCUUCUAAAGUAGAAACGAAAACUACUUACAUUCAACAAUCAGUUAAAAUAAUAGUUUUUGUUGUUUAUUAUUAAUGAUAUCUUAAAAAAGUUGAUGAUGAAAGUAAUCCUUCAGUUGUCCAAGACUGACAAUCAUUUUUAUACUUACUGUAUUAAUAAAAAUUAUCUGAUAAACUAACAAUGGAAUAAGUAUUAAAUCUUGUUAGAUCAAAGAUCUGGUUCAGUUCUAAAAAAACUCCUCAACAAGAUGUACAAAUUUAUGGUGUUAUUGUUGGUGUGCCUUACCUCGAAUCAAUGUGACAGUGCCAGAAUAUUAGGGGUGGUACCAUUCCCAUCCUACAGUCACCAAAUUCCGUUCCAAUCAAUUUGGAAGGAGUUGUCAUUGAGGGGCCAUCAGGUCACAACCAUAGUAACGAACGGUGUGAACGAUCCAUCUUUGACAAACCUAACUGAAAUAGUUAUUAAAGAAUCUUACGGUUUGAUGAAGAGGUACAACAUGUUAGACGCUCAGGCCAACGGUGGUUUUCUGAACAUGAUUUACGUGGCUCGUGACUUCUUGUCCAAUCUUUAUGAGGCUCAAUUGUCACACCCGGAUGUUAAAAAGUUACUGGACGAUUCGAAUGCUGAGUUUGAUUUGGUGAUUUUCGAAGCUUUGGCCUCACCUUUGCCUUAUUCUUGGAGGUUUAAUUGUCCGUCUGUGGGUGUUGCCUCGAUGGACUCGACUAUUUUUUACCAUUACUACUUAGGGAAUCCCACCCAUCCUUUGGUUACACCUGAUUGGAGUACUGAAAUUAAGGACACAAGUGAUAUGAAAUUGGCCGAUCGUGUUGUCAGUUCUUUAACCAAUAUUAUGUUGCUUAUGGUUGGUGAACUAUGGUUUAAUCCUGUUAUAGAGGAUAUUUAUCAUAAACAUUUUGGACCAAACGUUCCUUCCUUGGUUGAUUUGACCACUAAUGUUGACAUGUUAUUGGUGACUACUAAUCCCAUUUUUCAUGAUGUCAGAGCACUGAAUCCACACACAGUGACCAUUGGGAGUGGCCUUCAUAUUACUCCUCCAAAACCUUUGCCAGAGGAUGUGAAGGCUUUCUUAGAUGGUGCCAAGGAAGGUGUGGUGUAUUUUAGUUUGGGUUCAAAUGUCAAAGGGAACUUGAUGCUAGAAGACACCAAAAAGGCCAUUUACAAAGCCUUCUCUGAGCUCCCCUAUAAAUUUUUAAUCAAAGUGGACUGGGUGAACUUAACAGUACCUGAAAAUGUUAAAGUAGGAAGGUGGUUACCACAACAAGACAUAUUAAGACAUCCAAAUAUAAAAUUGUUUAUUACUCAAGGAGGUCUACAAUCGUUACAAGAAGCGGUAACUAAUGCGGUACCACUCGUGUCCAUACCGUUCUUUGGAGACCAGCAAAUGAAUACUCAAAAAAUAGUCAAGAGAGGCUUCGCAGUUAAACUUGAACGCACAAAUAUCACCACUGAAUCUAUGAAAUGGGCAAUCCAAGAGGUGAUAACAAACCCCAAAUAUAAAUUGAAAGCAAUUGAAAUGCAAGAUCUGAUGUACGACGAACCUAUGACAAGUUUGGAAAGGGCUGUUUGGUGGAUAGAAUAUGUCAUAAGACACAAAGGGGCUCCACAUUUCAAAAGCAAUGCUGCCAAAUUGCCCCUUUAUCAAUAUUUCUUAUUGGAUGUUAUAGGGGUUGUUUUAGUUAGUUUAAUUGUUGUUAAUUAUAUUUUGUAUAAAAUUAUUCAACUUACCAUAAGGGUGGCGUUUAGAUUAGUUAAGGGUAAACUGCUUAAGAAAAAGAAGGAAUCAUCAUGGCACUGUCAAAACUCCCCAGAGAUGAAAACAUUUCAGAUUUCGUGUGUGCUGUUGACGCUCGCUCAGUAUUCGUUGUGUGCCAAAGUGCUGUUCGUCGCCCCAAUAGCUUCGUACAGCCACCAGAUCUAUUACAGACGAAUAUGGCUGAAAUUAGCGGAACGGGGUCACGAUCUGACCGUGAUGACCACGGACGUAAUGGAUAAUGCACCUAAUAAUGUGGAACAAAUCGACUGGGGCUUUGCCUACAAGAUUCGUCAGGAGGAGUUCGACAGCAGCAAAAUUUGGCUCAGAUGCGGCGUCAAUAUACUGUGUGCCUUGAGUGAUAUGUCCAAAAUGUACUUCAAAACGUUGGACGAGGAGUUGUCCCAUCCAAAAGUUCAACAGUUGUUGAAGAACGAGACUGAACAUUUUGAUUUGGUCAUUAUUGAGCAGCACUGCAAUCAUUUUGCUGCCUUAGCCAGACGUUUCAACUGCCCCCUCAUUGGAGUCAGCUCCGGAGGUGUCAUAAACACCAACCACGAAAUGUUGGGAAAUCCAGCUCAUCCCUCCCAAUAUCCUGACGUCUUCUUGACAUUCUAUGGACAAUUAUCUUAUAUUGAACGAAUAAUUUCAAGCAUCAACUGGUUGGUUAUGAAAUUCUUAGCACUUAAUGAUGAUGGGGUGUACAGAAAGCAUUUUGGCUCUGACAUGCCCCAUUUCAGAGACUUGAUUCAGGAUAUGGAUCUGUUGCUCAUUAAUACUCAUCCUGUACUAGAUUCAAGGCCGCUUGUUCCUUGGACUAUUCGCAUUGGGGGACUCACACACAUUGGAUCACCUAAACCACUACCAACUGAUAUUGAGUCGUUUUUGGAUUCUGGAACAAAGGGAGUGGUGUACAUAAGUUUUGGAACUAACGUCAAAGUCAGCCAUAUUGAACCCAGUUUUCUUGACGUAUUGUUGGAUACUUUCAAAAGUCUUCCAUAUAAAGUGUUGUGGAAGUUGGAUAGUGUUCCUAAAAAUGUAUCAAAUAAUGUAAUGGUAGUUAAGUGGCUGCCACAACAAGACGUCCUCAGGCAUAAAAAUAUAAAAUUGUUCAUUACCCAAGGAGGUCUCCAGUCUUUUGAUGAAAGCGUCUACAAUCACGUACCUAUGAUUGUUAUUCCUUUUGUUAGUGACCAAAAGAUGAAUGCUAAGAUGAUUAACAGUUUAGAAUUGGGUAUUCAUGUUGAUAAAAAGACUGCCACAGCACGAAUAUUGAGGGAAGCAAUUGAGAGAGUCAUCACAGAUCAAAAGUACAAAAAGAAUGUGGAACAGUUGGCAAUUUAUCUUCAGGAUCAACCAAUGUCAGGAUUGGAUACAGCUAUUUGGUGGAUUGAAUAUGUAAUUAGACAUAAAGGGGCAAAACAUUUGAGGCUGACUCAAACCUCACUGCCCCUCUAUCAAUAUUUGUGUUUAGACAUUGCCUUUGCAUUCCUUUGUAUCUCCACUUUAACGAUACUCUUAGUGUACACUCUGUACAGAUUUAUUAAAUGUAUAUUAUCGACAUUUUUUAAAUUUAUAUUCAGAACUGUCAAAUCAAAGACUGACUAAUUAUAAAAUUAAAAAUACUCUAAAGUG